AUGUCUUCGAUUACUCGCGCUGUGACAGCCAGGCUCAAUGAAUUCACUCACGGAAGGAAACGACUCACCGCAGAAGGUUUUUUUUUCAUUCUUCAUCUCUAUUAACCUGCCUGAAUAAUAAUUUUUUUCUUUUAGAAAAAACAACUCCAUCCACUAGCGACGUUCAUUUUUACAUUCCGCCUGCACUCAUUUGGGAGGAAGUCCACGAGUCUUCGAAGGUCGGUGAAGUUGCAUUUUCCCAGCCUUAAUACGGAAAAGAUUGCAUUUCAAAAAGGCGUUCCUCGAAAAAUGUUCUCACCAUUACGCGUCCUAAUUUCAUUGGAUGUCGUAAACUUUUUUGUUAUUGACACUUAAGUUUGUUCCCAUGCCGGGUUACUCUUUGGCCGAAAAGCUCGUUUCAAGCCUUUGAAGCGUUGGCAAAUACUCUGUGUAGCUCCGCAUACAAUAUUGGGCUCGUCAACGUCGUUUUGACCGAAACCACGUAACAAAUUGUUUGCUUUCCUGUACCUGGAAGCAGGUGUACGUCCGAGGACUUCCGUUUCCUCCCAUGAAUCGCUAACAAAAAGAAGUAAAAAGCUAUGAUUCAUUCAAGCUGGGAAAGAAGCAGUAAUUGUGCAUUCAGCUCAUUUUUAAUUUGAUUUCAGCAAGUGGGCCUUCUGAAAGGUUCAAUUAGGGGAAGUUAAUUGGGUUUUCAGAUGGGAUGUGAAGAAAACUGGAUGUCCGGAUAUUUUCUCAAGAAAAAAAUACUUUUUCACAAAAGCAAACAUCGUCAUUAUUCUUCGACGCAAAGUCUGUUCUUCCAAAGCCUGAAAAUAAUUCACAAGUGUAAAACGAGCUAUUUAUUCCCUUAGCGUGAGCAUAAAUUUCAUGUCUUCACGCUUUUCAUUGCAGCAACCUGUGACGGUAGACGUUUCUAUUUCUCCGGAGAGUCGAGAGAUCUCCAAAAGCAGCAUCAGCCCCAUGAAGCUCACGCAGAAGGUUUGUGAAAAUGCAUGGUUCAAACUUUUGAUUUUCUUAAUCAAUUGAAAUACUCCUAAUACACCAAGAAUUUAGAUGAGUUCUGUGGUCCGAAGACUUUCUCCAUUCAGCGACGAUGGAAAUUUUUCAACGCUGGAAAACAAAACACCAGCCGCCGAGAACACAAAUGAAGAGGCACCCCAAGCAAAAAAAGGACCUUUCAAAGACACCGUGAGCUCGUUCUCACAUUUCUCAAGAACUUAUUUUUACAUCAAAGUCCUUUGGUUAAAAUCGAAAAGUCAUUUUUUUCAGAAGAACAAGAUGGACAAACUGAGAAAAAUGCGGAAGACAAAAGAUCGGCAGCAACUGAUCGAUUCCGACGAGGAUGACUCCUAA